GAACCCCAAAUGGCCGACUGCGCUGGUUCAAACUUGAGAGGGAGAGCGACAGCGAACGAGCUAGUCCACUUGAUUGGUUAGCUCCUGCAUUCUUGUCUUGCCCAUCUUACCCAACUCGGAGUAUCUUUCCAUAGAUCUACGCCCAAACUCAAGGCGCCUUUGCCAUGCCACUUUCCGUCAUCCAGAGGGCAUCAUGGACCGCUCGCAAUUCUGGGACAAGUUCGAACCACAGUUUCAAGAAUGGAACGUCAGGAGCCCCCAACCCAGGGUGAUGUAUGCGCAUACCCGAUCCACCAUUAUGGAGGGGAAUUAUUCAGCAGGCGACUACGCGGGCUUCCAGCCAAGAUUCCGUGGACGGCCGGCCGUAAAGGGAGAUCGCUUCUCAAAACAGCCCUGA